AUGGCUCUUCAACCAUCAUUGUCCCCAUUUGUGAUUUCGGGACCACUCGAUGCCCCUCACACAUUGGAAUUCUUUUACUGCUUUGUCUGCGUGCAUAGUGCGCGAUCAGCAAAUACGCUGGAAACCAUCAUCAAACCUUUGUUGGAACAAAAGUAUGCCGGGAAAGUAAAAGUUAUCUUCCGACCCCAGGUGCAACCUUGGUGGCCUUCUUCCUCGAUCGCACACGAGGCGUCCCUGGCUGUCGCCAAAGUGGCUCCUCAGUCUUGGUGGAAUUACGCAGUAGCACUCUUUGCCAACAGACCUUCCUUCACGGAUGUCCCAACCUCUACUCUGACCCCUCCUCAGCUCCGGGAGAAGUUGGCCAACUUUGGGUUAGAAACGGGAACUCUGACGCAAGAUGAGGUGAACGCCGUCAAGGGGUUGCUCACGUUGAAACCUAGUGGUGGAAUUGGAGUGACAGACGAUUUGAAAUAUUGCUGUAAGUCCAUCCCAAGGUUUUCCAAUACUCGCCCUGACAAGAGAUCGCAGUGA